UUCCUAGUAUUAUUAGCAGGCAGAUUCACGAAACAGAAUAAAAACCAGAUGCCGUGAAGCAUUCGCUGCAUUCUUCAAGAAAAGAAAAAUGGAACCGAAAGUUUCCUUUUUAUUGAUUAUAAAUCAAGGAAUAAUUUUAUUUUUGGCCAUUGGUGUGAGUUCUGAUCCAUUGGUGCAAGUGGAGGACUCCCAGAUAUGGGGGGAAGAAAUUACGUUCGAAGACAACUCGGUUCACCAAUAUCUCGGUAUACCUUAUGCAGAACCACCUGUUGGUGAUCGACGUUUCAUGAAAACGGAACCACUCACAAGCCUCCCUAAACAGUAUAAGGCCGUCUAUGAACCCCCCGCUUGUCGUCAGUAUACCGAAACGCCAUUUCCCUGGUAUUUCAAUGAUGUAUAUAAAAGCGAGAAUUGCCUGUAUUUGAAUAUAUGGACACCCGCUGAUGCUUGUCCUGAGAAUCCGAAACCAGUGAUGGUUUGGAUUCACAGUGGCAAUCACAAGUUCGGUUCAAGUUCGCUUGAUCAUUAUUCAGGUAAAGUUUUGUCUGCUUUGGGUGAUAUUGUCUUGGUGACAUUGAACUAUCGUCUUGGGGUGUUUGGUUUUCUAUCUUCAGAUACAGAUGAUGCACCCGGAAAUGCAGGGCUGUACGACAUAAUGGAGGCACUGAAGUGGGUCCAGAAAUACAUCAAAUUUUUCGGAGGAGACCCUUCGAAAGUCACCUUAUCAGGGCAGAGCUCAGCUGCUACUGUUGUUGGAUAUUUUACCCUGAAUGACGGCGCCCAAAAUCUCUACGACAAAUUGAUCAUGCAGAGCGGAUCACCGGUCAACUUCGGGACGGAUUACAGGCAGCGGAAUAUCGAUCUUGGCAAAAAAAUCGCGAAAAUGGUGGGAUGUGACAAGGAGGAUCUGGACGAAUUUGGUUCAUCUACUAUCCAGUGUUUAAAAGACUUGUCUGCUGAUGAUUUGGAAAAUGCUGAAUAUGAAUUAAGUCCAAACAGCACUUCAUCCUGGCAUCCCAUCACGGGUGACGAAUUUCUCCCCAAAAAUCCCAGGAAAUCCGUUCUUGAUGGAAAAUUCAACUGCAAAACGCUACUGAUUGGAAACAACCGCGAUGAAGGCUCAGUUAUCCCUUCUCUUCUUGAUAUGAAAUCGUUUGGCUUUUACGGCGAAAACGAUUUCAAAGUGGACGACAAAAUAAUUACGAAAUUAAUUAGCACGAUAAUGAAAGUAUACCCAGACUUAUCAAAAACUCUGUCCGUCGUCUCUGAACUUCCAACCCUCUCGGCUCCCCUGGUGACUCCAGCAAUUGAUAAUCCUCUGCUCAAAAAACUUCCAGAUCCCGUGUCUGCUGUGACAGUCCCUGUUCCUGUUGAUAAGUUGCCUGCUGGAAUUCCGGACGUCAGCUCGUUAUUGACAAACAGUAUUCUCGGACGUUCCUCAUCUGAUCCUGACUGCAAAAGGCACCAUUUGCACAGCGCACUUGGGGACUUGGUUUUAGUCUGUCCCAGCGUGUACUUUGCUGAAAAAUGUGCAGAGCAAGGGAAUGAUGUCUACUACUACUUCUUCAUCCAUCGGCCCAGCAACACCCCGUUUGCGUCUUGGAUGGGGGUCCCACAUUUCUCAGAGAUUCCAUUUGUGUUUGGAAUACCUCUUACAAAACCAGAUGAUUAUACAGAAGAAGAAAGAGACUUGAGCAGGCAAAUGAUACAUUACUGGAGUGAAUUCGUAAAAACUGGUAAACCUGAUCCCUCUUGGCCAAAGUACUCUCAAGAUAAACCCAUUUACAAAGUUAUCGGCGGCCAAAAUGGAACGAAGCCUCUUGGGAAAGGUCCACAUAAAACAAAUUGUGACCUUUUACGCCUACCUCACAAACUGCUUUAAACUCUGAAAGGGAAAUUUAAGAAUAUUGAAUAGCUAACGACUGUUGUAAAUUUUAUACCUUAGAAAUAAUU